AUGCAGGUCCGGACUCUCGAGCUUGGACCUCUCCAGUGUCGCUCACCAGCCUCAUCACAUCACCUUGCAGAAGCAAUGUGUUCCAUGCCAAACCUGACUGACCUGACACUGUCUGAAAUUAAUCCAAAUGAGGAGUUCUUCUCUACAUUGAAAGCGAAAGCAUCAUCCAUACAGGGUUGUUUUCCUCAGAUCAGGAAGGGAAACUUCAGGUUCAAUGGAGUUGCCCAAGAUGACUUAAACUCAUUUCUCAACACCCUCACAUGUUUGCAAAGCUUGGCCGGCCGGUUCUUGCAUGGCUCAGCCGACUUAGGCAGCUCAAAUGACUCAGGCAGCUCAAAUGACUCAGACAACUCAGCUGACUUGGGUAGCUCAAAUGACCCGGACAACUCAGCUGACUUGGGCAGCUCAAAUGACCUGUAUGUCUUGGCCAACUCAGGCAACUCAGAAGGUAGCAGCAGUCGGAGCAGGCCUUGCAAGAGGCAACCUCCUUGUACUGAGUCAAGAGUUCCACAGGAUGAUCCUGAAAUUCCAGAGAAGCAAUCAAAGUAUGAGGUCUAGUUGCUAUGGUAUCGGUAGAGUGAGACAAUGACCCACUGGUAACACAUCAUUUUUACUUUUGUAUGCAUGAUACAGGGCUCCACACUAACAUUUUUGGAAGGAAAAGAGGUUUAGAUUUAAUUUUCUAUGCUCUGUAUGCAUGAGCCUGAGUUAAAGCUUUAAAAUACUGGGAGUCCAGACCUAGAUUUAGGCGUUCACCUGCUGGUUUCAAGCCCUGGACUGAUUCCAAGAAUUUGGGGUAAAAGGGGGUAAUUUUCGGCAGUUUGUAAAUGUUUGAAUAAGGCUGUUUUCUUCUUUUUCACCUUGAUGAGUGCAGCCCACUAUCUGGUGUUAGUGUAUACACUUCACACGAAAGAGAUCAUAAUAUUGUCACAAUGUUCAAAAACAUGUGAAAGGAGUAUGUAGAAAGUGAUGCAAAAGCAUGAUAUGUUUCGUUAAUGUGUAGGUACUCAAUAAGCCCAAAACAGAGUUGCAUCGAGAUCCCAUUGUGUACUUGUUUUAUGCAGAGAGGAUCUUGUUGUGUGGAAAUUUUGUUGAAGAAAAAAUCUGAAUAGGGGGUCAUUUUUUACUCGGUUAUGAUCAUGCAUUAUGCCUGUGUAUAGACGGUGACAACACCAGGGACUAGUAGUUAUAAUGAUAAUAAUGGUGGCUUCUGACAUAGACAUAGUACAAACGCCCGUCAUGCCAUGACACUCCUGGUGCUCAAACAUUAUUACCCUGGUCCUAGGCGGCCAAAUAUGUAGCACUUUGGCAUAUCGGGUGCCCAUUUAUACCUGGGUGGAGGAUGGCAAAUGUGAAUUAAUGCUUUUCCAGGAAUGUUAGUGCAUUAGACACUGAGUUUAUGUAGUGCACGUACCAAGUAUAUAUUGUAGACUCUUACCAUUUUGUUUAAGGUAAUUUGCAUUCAGUGUAUGAAAUACCGCUCAACUGUCACAAAGUGAGUUAUGAGUUAAAGCCGGGAGGGUGGGGUGACGAUCGCUCAAGGUGGUGUUCUGCCCAACAUCCAAGCCGUGCUGCUCCCCAAGAAAACCGCUAAAUCAAGCUAGAGUUUGCUCCCGGCAAUCUUGAAA